CAUUGCAUAGAGAGACCUUGUCUCAGAAAUACACACAAAAACAAAAAGGCACUAUACUCAACUGUAGUUCAGUACCAGAGAAGCUGAGGUGGAAGGAUAGCUUGAGCUUGGAAAUCUAGGACAACCCUGAGCAACAUAAUGAGGUUACAUCUAAGGAGGCAAGAAAAGAUUUGGGGGGCUGGGGUUAUAGCACAUUGGUAAAGCCACUUGCCUAGCAUGUAGCAAACCCUGUGUUUGAGCCCAAGCACUACUAAAAGCAAAAUUUCUCCCCUGCCUCCAUAAUUGAACUUGGUUUCCUCCAGCAUAUUAGGCAAGCACUCUACCACUAAGCUACACCUUAUAACAUACCUUUGCACUAAAGAACCCAAAAUACUUCAGUUUAGAGAGUCACCGUGUAGGCUGAGCAUGGUAACACAUACCUGCAGUCCCAGCACUUGGGAGGCUGAGACAGGAAGAUGACCGUGAGAUUGAGGCUACCCUGAACUACUUAGGGAGACUGUCUCAAAAAAACAACAAAAAGAUUCAUCAUCUACUCCUUGGACUUUGAAGGAAUGAUACUAAAAGAACUUUACCAGAAUUGAAUGACCUGGCACGGGACCCACCAGCACAGUGUUCAGCAGGUCCUGUUGGAGAUGAUAACAGAGUCUUGCUAAAUUGCCAAGGAGUGCUGGAACUUGGGAUUCUUCUGCCUCACCUUCUCAGAGUAAUGUGAGAUUACAGUGUUCCAUUGGCAAGCUACAAUAAUGGGGCCAAAUGAUAGUCCCUAUCAGGGUGGAGUAUUUUUCUUGACAAUUCAUUUCCCAACAGAUUACCCCUUCAAACCACCUAAGGUUGCAUUUACAACAAGAAUUUAUCAUCCAAAUAUUAACAGUAAUGGCAGCAUUUGUCUUGAUAUUCUACGGUCACAGUGGUCUCCAGCACUAACUAUUUCAAAAGUACUCUUGUCCAUCUGUUCUCUGUUGUGCGAUCCCAAUCCAGAUGAUCCUUUAGUGCCUGAGAUUGCUCGGAUCUACAAAACAGAUAGAGAAAAGUACAACAGAAUAGCUCGGGAAUGGACUCAGAAGUAUGCGAUGUAAUUAAAGAAAUUAUUGGAAAACCUCUACAAAUAAAGAUAGGGGAGCUCUGAAAGAGAAAGUCCUUUUGAUUUCCAUUUGACUGCUUUCUAUGAGCCCACGCCUCAUCUUCCCCUGUGCACAUGUUUACCUGAUACAGCAGUGCUGCGUGUUGUACAUACUUGGAAACAACAAACUAGAAAUACUGUACUUCUGUACCAACAUUGCCUCCUAGCAGAGAAGUGUAUGUGUGACAAGCCAGUUCUUCAGGCAUAACCUAGGUGUGAGACUGAAAAGCUUUCCUUACUGACGUGAAUUUGGUAACAACAAGCUCUUGUGAGGGGUGGUGGGUACAUGGUGUGCUUGGAUGGGGAACAGCUCCACUGACCUGUAGGAGGUAUUUUUAAGUGGAAUCCGUUUUAAACUCACAACAGUUAUGAAAAGAAAGGUGAAGAACGUGAAGCUGUUUCUGUAUUCAUUUUAUCCUGGAGGACCUACAGCUUAGGUGAAGUUGUGACCAACCAGAGUAAAUUCUACCCACAUCCUGGAUUUUAAGGUCUAAGUUUAACUGGUCAACAUUGAAAUGGAUUGGAGCUAUUAGUACAUAAAGUGUGACGGGCUUUGUUCCCAACUGUUUUACGUCUCUGCCCCUUCAACCUUUAUCCUUUCAGCUCCUUUCUCUCCAUAUUCUUUGGUUUGUAUGUGGUUUCUCAGUUAAUACAUAGCUAAUAGCUCUUAUUUUUCUUAUGUUUUUAACUGCUUAGGUCUAUUUGGAUGUAAGGGUGAAAAUUCAUUUGAUGGAAAUACUUGUGUAUAUUUAAAGACCCAAUUGCUCCUCUGGAGCUUGUACGUUCAAGAAUGAUUAAUCUGUGUAAUAAACUGAUUACUACAGUCAUUACAUUUAAUUUUGUGUGAAUAGGCUUUUUGAUUUUAAGAACUUUGUCUAGCUGAGAUUAGUGGUGGAUUUUCCCCACUCCUAAAAUGUUUUUGUUUAUACCGAUUGCAUUUCAAAAUCAUGAAACAAUUCCAGUUUACAUAGUAAAAAAAAAUCUUGAGAGUAAUUUUAUUGAACUCUAAGAGACAUAAACUUGAAAACAUUUUCAUAAAACCUAUAUGUGCAGCAUUUUGGGAACAUGACUGUUAAAAUAAGAAAUUUGCUUUAUUAAUGAAGCUAAGCUGCAUUUCAUCAAAAUCUUGUGACAUUCCCUUGGUGCAUAAGACGUAAGAACACAAAGGCAUUGCUAUUUGGAAGUUAAGCCUCUGUGAUUGUAAUUACAGAAGAGCAACUUUGACCAGACCUGGGAAACAUGAGCACAAUCUUGUAUUGGAGAGUCUGCGUAAUUACUUUGCACUAACAUUUAGAAGGAUGUUCAUCCAGUUUUAAAUUGUAUUGUAUGUGGCUUUUUGAAGUCUUCCCUUGACUUUAGUAAAAUGUAGUUUGAAACUUGUAAACAACUUUGUUUGCCAGAAACAUCACUCAUGUGAACUCGGCAAGUUACCUUUUCCCUUCUUUUCCUACUCUGACUGUAAACCAGGCCAGCCUGAAGGCCGUGCCCGACGCUCUCCAGCCAUCAGGUUCUUUAGAAUGCAUCUUUACACUCUUGCACAAAAACUGAGGAAUAAAUGUCCAUUGCUUUUGGAUUUAAA